UAAGCAAUAUUGGUGAUUAAAGAAAUUUGUAAAUGGUUAGAUCUAGGCCAAGAAAUUCUGUUGUAUGACACAUUGCUUCAGUGCAGUGUAAAUGAAAGUUUGUUUCUUCCAGAAUGGAAUGCCGUUGCAAUGUCUCCAGUUGCAAAUUGAACUCGUGCUAAUAAUGUUAUUUCCUUGUCAGUGAUGGAUAGAGUCAUUUCCCGUGUAAUGCUCCUUCAUUGCAUUGCUUGAUAAAUAAGAUUACAUUCCUGCAACAACCAGAUUUUAACAACACUUACUCAAUUUAAGUGGUCUCUUCAACCAGCUCCCAGCACAGUUCUGUCAGUUUAACUCUGGGAGAGCUCUUCAGUAUUACUUGAUGGUUUACUACAGCAGUAUGGGAGUGGCGCAGGCACCUGUCAAGGUGAUAAGCCUCGGUGGAUUUCCCUUCGCCCAGCAAUCUCUUGACUUCCAUUCUCCUCACCACCAAGUCUGUUGGACAUUCAGCCGUUGACUGCAACCAGAUAUGCCUUCAAGAUUUUCUUUGCAAUUUGGAUGCUGUGCCAUUGUGGAGAAUGCAGUGUGUGUCAAGGGCUUUGAAUAUUGCCUGAUGAUUUGGGCUACUACUAAUCUGAUUUAAAACCAAAAUAUCUGUUGGUGAACUGUGCAUCAUUGGGUACUCUUUGCUUAGUUAUUUUUGGGACCAUGGUGUUUCAAUGUUUAUAUUAUAAAACUACAAAAUCUUUAUUUAAUUUCUUGUGAGCCAAACAAGAAUGAGCCUAGUUCAUUUGAAAGGUUAAGUUUGAUAUAAUUGUGCUGUACUUGUUCAGUGUGUAAGAAUGCUCAAAUAACUAUGAAUCUGUACAGAAUCUCCAUUUUAAUAUAUUGGAGAGAGAAGUAAUAAAGAUAUGCUAAACUGUAGUUAUUUCACUAGUAUUGUUUCUGAGAUAGGUGGUUGGUAAACUAUUUUACUGCUAUCUCAAUUUUGUGUUGAUUUCAUGUGAGUAAAAUGUAGCUCUCGUAAAUUGGGUAGGUGCUUUAGUUUUGGGUAUUCUGCAGUUAGGCAUUUACAGUUCGGGAUACAAUUUAUAAUCUAAGAACUGUUUGUUCUUUCUGACAGCCAUUCUAUUGAAGUUUGUGGUAACAGCGAUAACUUUGCAUAGUGUUGCGUUUUCGAGAACUGCCAGGGUUGUGGCUUGCUGUUUUUGACAGAUAAUGUUCUUCAGAAUAGAAAAUUCUGACACCCACCCAGUGGAGUGCCGUAUUUCUUUUUAGUGGUUGAAAACUUUGUAGAGUCGUUUUGACCACAAGAGGGGUGACAGGGGCACAGACCUAACAACAGAGUGUAUAAAACAUUGGCUUUCAUUUUAACAGAAAAGCAGUGUAGAUUCAUGCAUUAAUCACCAGCAUGUUUUUUCAAAAAUUGUUUUUCUAUGUGUUGUAUGCAGAACAAUAAAUGACUUUACAGGGCAAUUAAAGCAUUUCAGGAGGUGCUUUAUAUUGAUCCUAGCUUCUCUCGAGCCAACGAGAUUCACUUGCGUCUAGGGUUGAUGUUCAAAGUGAACACGGACUAUGAUUCAAGUCUUAAGCAUUUUCAGUUGGCAUUGAUUGAUUCCAACCCAUGCACUCUGUCUAAAGCAGAAAUUCAGUUUCAUGUCGCUCACUUGUAUGAAAUUCAGAGAAAGUAUCGUGCUGCAAAGGAAGCCUAUGAACAACUUUUGCAAACAGAGAAUCUUUCUGCACAAGUGAAGGCAAAUAUUUUACAGCAGCUGGGCUGGAUGCAUCACACAGUAGAGCCAUUAGGAGACAAAACAACAAAGGAAAACCUUGCUAUUCAGUGUCUCCAAAAAUCUUUAGAGGCAGAUCCUAACUCUGGCCAAUCCUGGUACUUUCUUGGCAGGUGCUAUUCAAGCAUUGGCAAAGUUCAGGAUGCCUUUUUAUCAUAUAGGCAUUCCAUUGAUAAGUCAGAAGCAAGUGCUGAUACGUGGUGUUCCAUAGGGGUAUUGUAUCAACAACAGAACCAACCAAUGGAUGCAUUACAAGCUUAUAUUUGUGCUGUUCAAUUAGACCAUGGACAUGCUGCAGCCUGGAUGGACCUGGGAACACUCUAUGAAUCCUGCAAUCAACCUCAGGAUGCAAUUAAAUGUUAUAUUAAUGCAACUAGGAGCAAAAAUUGUAGUAAUACUUCAGUACUCACAGCAAGGAUAAAGUAUUUACAGGCCCAGUUGUGCAACCUUCCACAAGGUAGCCUUCAAAGUAAAACCAAAAUGCUUCCCAGUAUUGAGGAGGCAUGGAGCCUACCAAUCCCAGCAGAACUUACCUCCAGACAGGGUGCCAUGAAUUCAGCUCAGCAGGCUUGUAAACCUCAUCACCACAGCAAUGAACCAUUAGUAGGCCUCAGUCAGCAGCCACAGCAGACCUUACCACUACACAUGGUUCCUUCUAACCAAGUGGAUGACCUUAACAGUCCUGCUAAAAGAAAAAGGAUGUCCAGUCCUACCAAGUUAAAUGCUCCAGAUGCCUGGUCAGGUGGUCACACAGCACCACAUCAUCCAGUACAACAACAAGUUCCAUCAUGGUAUCUGACCCCUCAAAAACUGCAGUUUUUGGAGCAGUUGCGUGCAAACAGGAAGAACCUGAAUCAACUUCAACUUCAAAUGCUGGAGCAGCUUGAGGGACAGUUUGCCUCAAUGCGACAGCACCAGCAUCAGAUGAGACAGGCGACAGUUGCACAGGUACGGCCUGCGGGAAUCCCUAAUGGGCCAACGCUUGGAUCAUCACUGCCUACAAACUCUGUUUCUGGUCAGCAGCCUCAUGUCACUCUAACCAGAGUGCCUGAUCGCAUUGUUCAGUCUGGAAUCCGUCCUGCCCUUCCUGGACAACCAAUGGCGAAUGGACCAUUUCCUGCUGAACCAUCCAGGGGCCCAGUAACAUGCAGCACUACGAGAAUGCUGGGUAAUACAGACACUAUUUCUAUAGGCAAUAAUCAUAUAACAGGAAGUGGAAGCAAUGGAAAUGUGCCUUACCUACAGCAAAACGCACUAACUCUACCUCAAAACCGCACAAACCUGACCAGCAGCACAGAGGAGCCGUGGAAAAACCAACUUGUUAACUCCACUCAGGGGCUGAACAAAGGUCAGAGUUCACAUUCGGCAGGUCCUAAUGGUGAACGACCUCUCUCUUCCACUGGGCAUUCCCAGCAUUUCCAGGCAGCUGGCACUGGUAUUCAGAAUCAGGUUGGACACCCUGCCAUGCCUAGCAAUUCACUAACGUCACAGGGGGCUGCUCUCAAUCACCUCUCCUCUUAUACUGCUACCUCAGGUGAACAACAAGGCAUUACCUUCACCAAAGAGAGCAAGCCUUCAGGAAAUGCAUCAAUAGUGCCUGAAACAAACAGGCACUCUGGAGGGACACUUAACAGCACUGCCAGCGUAGAAGGACUUCCUAAUCAUGUCCAUCAAGCGAUAGCAAAUGCUGUUUCAAGUCAUGGAGAGUCCAAGUCACCAGGUGUACUUAGUUCAGACAAUCCUCAGCUCUCGGCCUUGUUGAUGGGGAAACCCAAUAAUAAUGGGGGAUCCGUGUCUUGUGAUAAAAUUAAUAACAUCCAUCCAGCUGUUCACACAAAGACUGAAAAUUCAAUAGCCUCUUCACCAUCUUCAGCUGUUUCUACUGCAACACCAUCUCCUAAAUCCACUGAACAAACUACUGCUCAUAGUGUUACCAGCCUUAACAGCCCUCAACGUGGACUGGGUCAUACUGUUAAUGGAAAAGGUGUGGGGGAGGACUCUCAAAGCCCCUGUAAAAUGGACCCACCAAAAACUUCUUUUAAACCUAGUCCUCAACUUGCGUCUUCAACCUCUGUGUCUAUAUACCCCAGUUCGUCAGAAGUGUUAAAGGCAUGCAGAAAUCUGGGGAGAAAUGGUUUAUCUAAUAGUAGCAUUUUACUCGACAAGUGUCCACCACCUCGACCACUACCACCACCCUAUCCACCACUGCCAAAGGACAAGCUAAACCCUCCUACACCUAGUAUUUAUUUAGAGAACAAGCGCGAUGCUUUCUUUCCUCCACUUCAUCAGUUCUGUACGAAUCCAAACAACCCUGUUACUGUAAUCCGUGGCCUUGCUGGGGCUCUCAAGCUAGACCUAGGUCUAUUUUCCACCAAAACUUUGGUAGAAGCAAAUAAUGACCAUUUAGUGGAAGUGCGAACACAACUGUUACAGCCAGCAGAUGAAAACUGGGACUCCACUGGAACGAAGAAGAUUUGGCGCUGUGAGAGUAGUAGAUCACACACCACCAUUGCCAAAUAUGCACAAUACCAGGCCUCAUCAUUCCAGGAAUCAUUGCGGGAAGAAAAUGAAAAAAGAAAUAGCCAUCACAAAGACCAAUCGGAUAGUGAAUCCACAUCUUCUGAUAAUGGUAGCAAAAAGAGGAGAGGUCCAUUUAAAACCAUUAAAUUUGGGACCAACAUUGAUUUGUCAGAUGAGAAAAAGUGGAAAUCGCAACUACAUGAAUUAACAAAAUUGCCUGCCUUUGUACGUGUGGUCUCAGCAGGAAACCUGCUGAGUCAUGUGGGCCAUACUAUUCUUGGAAUGAAUACGGUCCAGCUCUAUAUGAAAGUUCCAGGAAGCAGGACUCCAGGUCAUCAAGAAAACAACAAUUUCUGCUCUGUUAACAUUAAUAUAGGUCCUGGAGAUUGUGAAUGGUUUGCUGUACCUGAAUCAUACUGGGCAGUUAUGAAUGACUUCUGUGAAAAGAAUAACAUUAAUUUUUUGAUGGGCUCAUGGUGGCCAAAUUUAGAGGAUCUUUAUGAGGCUAAUGUACCAGUAUAUCGCUUUAUUCAGCGCCCAGGAGACCUAGUGUGGAUAAAUGCUGGUACAGUACACUGGGUUCAGGCCAUUGGAUGGUGCAACAACAUUGCUUGGAAUGUCGGACCUCUGACAGCAAAUCAAUAUAAACUGGCAGUAGAAAGAUAUGAAUGGAACAAGUUACAGAGUGUGAAAUCUAUUGUUCCUAUGAUUCAUCUGUCCUGGAAUGUGGCACGUAACAUCAAGGUUUCUGAUCCAAAGCUUUUUGAAAUGAUCAAAUACUGCCUGCUGAGGACCCUCAAGCAAUGCCAGUUGUCAAGGGAGGGUCUUAUUAGUGCAGGCAAAGAGAUUGCAUGGCAUGGGCAUAGAAAAGAGGAGCCUGCGCACUACUGCAGCAUUUGUGAGGUGGAAGUUUUUGACCUACUUUUUGUUACCAAUGAGAGUAACUCACGGAAGACCUAUGUAGUGCAUUGCCAGGACUGUGCUCGCAAGGCCAGUGGAAACCUUGAUAAUUUUGUUGUGCUGGAACAAUACAGAAUGGAGGACCUCAUGCAAAUCUAUGACCAGUUCACAUUAGCCCCUCCACUGCCUUCAGCCUCAUCUUGACAAGUAUUGUUUUAUGGACAACUAGCAAAAACAUCAUUGGUAUUCAGGAUGUGACAUCAUCUUCCACUAUGUUACACCACUGAUUUUUGGCUAUCCCAUGUGGCUGCUGACUGAAAACUGUGUCUAUGCAACCUUCCAAGUGCGGAGUGUCAACAAUACUGGAUAGGAGUGGAGCUGCUCCUCUUCCAGGAUAAAUAAUUUCAAGUAAAGCUGGUUUAGCUAUACCUAUAAAUAACUUUUCAUAUUUUGUAUAUAUCAGAGAAAAACUGGCAACAUUACACAAAGACUACUGACUUGAAGACAUUCUUUUUGUAUUAUUCUGUCUUGGGCUGAUGAAUUGGUUUCAUCAUCUUUUUUCAUUCAGAUUUUUCCCUUUAAAAGUACUAGCUUAGCUGGUCAUUUUUGUAUGGUAGUUAGGAAUAUAAGUCUCUCUUGAGGGCAACACCUAUUAUGAAAAUUUUGUAAUGUGAAAAGUUAAAUGAGAGAGAAUUUUUUUUACAGCUUUUAUGUUUAUCUGUCUUGUUAUUUUUAAGCCAUGAUGUUUAAAUUUGUUCCAGUUUCUUAGAUAAACUUAUCAGCCAAGUCACAGAUAAAUGGGUUGCACAUAGACUAAGGAAUAAACUUCAAACUUAUGAUUUUUUUUGUUUUGUUUCUAAUCUUGAUGUAAAUUUACACUAUUUAUAAAUGCAUAUUUAUUCCUUGAAAAUAUUUGUGGAUGGAAUGCUGUUAUUUUUUCCCCCAGAAUACCUGCCAUUAAAAUUUUAUGGAGUUCUGUCAUUUCAAACACUACUCCUAAUACGUUUUCUAUGUAUGAAAUAAAAACCGUUGAGCAUUGUAAUCUUUGAAACAUUUAACAAUUUAUAUUCAGGGAAAUUUUUUUCAUAAGUAAAUUACAUAUGUCAAAAAUCAAUGUUGCAUGACAAUACUCAGGGCAAGGUUUCCAUUGUUAACAUACCUGUUAUGCGUUAGCGUUAAAAAAAAGUAAUAUGUGCUUCUCAGAUAUUGCCCACUGCCAGUUGAAACUGUGCUUCAUGAAGGGAGCUGCUACGUUCCAGUUUAAAAAGAAUCCUAUGCUUGCAAUUGAAUUCAAGGUAUUUUGCAACUAAAAGGCAAGUUUUUAUUUAAUUAGAGACAUAGUAAUUAGUUUAUUUAUCUUCAGAAUUAUUUUAGCUCUAUGAACAUCAUGGAAUGCUGUUACAACAGAGCCUGUGGUGUCACACAGUAAUGCUAUAAAAGUUAAUUACCUUUGUUAUAUUUCUAUAUUUGAGCUGUAUUUGAGGUUGAUUUAUGAUUUGUUUCCCCGUUAUAGUGGGAGGAGUUUUAAAAAAGUAGAUGUUACAAUUUUGAAAAGUCAUUUUUUAAAGUUGUGAUCACUUUGUGAAAAUAUUUAUUUCCCAGAUUAAGAUUUCACAGAAAAGAUUUGGCUUUGACUUUAACAUAGCACAAAUUUGCUUAACACUUUAAUUUAUGAUUUAAGCCUAAUAAAUUAUACUUGGUGAGAAACAGAUUGUAGGAUAAUUGAAUGUGGAGCAUAGGGUCCAGAUUGUUAUUUGCAUAGAAUAAAGUCUCUAUAUUAUACUUUGUUAGGCCAUUGUCUUCUGAUGGUCCAGGCUCUGAUUUUUGUAGCCAUGUCCAAGUUAAACAACAAAAUUCCAUCAGAGAUUAUGCUUUAGUGCUACACAUAGAAAAAGGGGGACACAAGACAAAUAAUUUGGGUUUAAGUUAAAGAUACCAGUGUUUAUCUGGAGAAGCGAAAGAUAGAAGAAAGAAAAAAUACAAGUAAUUACUGACUUUGGUGGGACUUGUAUCUUUUGGCUUUGAAUCCAGGAUGAAAUUCAAAUUGCUGUUGCUGCAUCAGUAGGAAAGAUUUAAACUUUUGGCAGUCUGGUGUAAUGUAGUGCUAGCAGCGGGUUUGGAUUUAUUCUGACUUCUGUAUGAUGCUAGCUUCUUGAGCUUCCUCUCUGUUUUGCCAGUGGGAUUUUUGCUUACACAUUCCAUAUCAGCUUCAUUUUUAUCACCAAGUUGGGUUGAUGGUAUGUGUCGUUCUGUGCUGAUUUUUACUGCACUCUUAUUAAGUACCAUUACCACAUUAAGUACCAGUUUGAGACUUCCUAAACAAGUGCAAUAAUACAAAAAUGUGGUUGUGCUUCUAUAUUCAAAUCCAGGCCCCAUAUGUUAUAGGGUAAUACGUUUAUACAGCACUGUAACAAAACUACCUGUCUUAUUUAGCAGUUCCUAGUUUGGUUGUCUAAUUGCUUGGAAAAGUAAAAACUUGUAUUCUUUCAUUAACAUCAGAGAUUCAUUUUCCCAUUUUCACCGAGUGGUUCAACUGUUAUAGCACCUGUGUUAAAUUAUUGUGUAAUCAAGUUUUGUGGCUGCAAGCCUAUUUUGGCAUUUCUGCAUUUGUUAUAUAACAGUUGUACUCGCAUUCAAUUUAUUAAACAUCAUCGUAUAGCAUGGAGUGAUUACAUUAAAAGAAUAGUAUUACCAAUCAAAUAAAUUCCAAAUCCAAUAAGCACUUACAAUGCAGUAUUCAAAAUUCUUUCUUUAUACUGAAACUGGAAGUCAAGAAUAUUAUAAUAUGAAAAAUAGAUAUUUGGCCCAUUUAUUUGUAGUG